AUGGGGCGGCUUACACGACCCCAGCGCAUCGUCAUCUACGUCGAAAUGGCCGUCCGUGCUCUCGCCAUCAUUAUGCUGGCCCUCGCCCUCGGCAUCUUCAUCUACACGUCCGUUUCGUGGGACUACAAUAUCCUGCACGGAUACAUCAUUGUACGCGCAAGACUCUACCUCAUGUCUCGCAUGGCCCUCGAGGCUGCCGCUGCUGGUGGUGCCAUUGGGGGCGGCGUGGUCGUCUUCUCCGAACCCUCAUCACCUCCCGACUGCGAAUCGCCGACGUGCCAGGCUGCGUUACAAAUUGGCGUGGCGCGAGAGCCUGCCGCGACGCUCAUAUGGAUUGCUGCGUAG